AUGCUGCCUCGCUGUCCUGUCUGGAUUUCCUGCAUGAUGCUUGCAAGCUACACCACAGUACAGGUGCGCAGUCAAGGCUCAAACCGGCUGAAGCUAACAGUCCUUUCUGAAGACAGGUUGCAGAUGAAAUGGAAAGAAACAGAGGGAAAUACCAGUGGAUACAAGGUCCGGGUGAAGCCCAUGGCAGGUGACUCUGAGCAGGAGGUCAUGUUAAAGACCAGAACAGCUAAAGCAACAGUGGGGGGCCUGAGUCCCACAAAAGAAUACACGCUGCAAAUCUACACUCUGAAUGGUUCUCAGGAGGCCCUGUUUGUCAAGAGGAAAUUUGUGAUUGAAGAGCUGAAAAACCUCUCCCAAGCUAGAAGUAGCAGAAGGAACCCAACAGGUGCCCCAGAAAAGGUGGAGGCGUCACUUGGGAGCACAGCAGCUGGAGACAUCCAGUCAACUGAAGCCACAUCAGCAGCCACUGGCGAAGCGUCAACCCUGACAAUUUCUCACUUCCAGUGUGAUGCUUCCACUGCGACUGAUAUCAUCCUGCUUGUGGAUGGAUCCUGGAGUAUCGGCCGCAACAAUUUUGGGCUCAUCAGAGAAUUCCUGGCUGCUCUGGUUGCACCUUUCAGCAUUUCCCAGGACAAGAUCAGAGUAGGCUUAUCCCAGUACAGCAGUGACCCACGCACGGAAUGGGACCUGAAUACCUACUCCACCCGGAAUGAGGUGUUAGAGGCUCUUAGGAGCUUGCGCUACAAGGGGGGCAAUACCUUUACAGGGCUAGCACUGACCCAUGUUUUAGAACAAAAUCUGCAGGCUGAAGCUGGUGCCAGAUCAGAGGCCCCCAAAAUGAUCAUCCUCUUGACGGAUGGCAAAUCUCAGGACAAUGCCGGCCCAUCUGCAGAGACCUUGAAGAAGAUGGGAAUAAAGAUAUUUGCUGUUGGAGUGAAAAAUGCCGAUGAAGCAGAGUUGCGCCAGGUGGCUUCCGAACCAUUAGAGAUGACUGUUUACAAUGUGCUGGAUUUCCCUCUUCUUAGUUCUCUGGUCAGUCGCCUUACCAGGGUCUUGUGUAGCUGGAUCAAGGAGAAGAACAAAGACAAGAACAGAGGUGACCCAAUAAAAGCCAUCCCAGGGAAUGCUGGUGCACACCUGAGCCCCACCAAUCUUGUCUUAAAGGAGGUGACUUCCAGGAGUCUGCGCCUCACCUGGAACCCUCCUGUGAUACCACCCAAAAAAUACAGGGUAGUUUAUUACCCCUCCAGGGGUGGCAUUCCCAAAGAGGUGGUUUUAGAUGGGGCGGCCUCCACAGCACAGCUCCUCAACUUGACGUCCCACACAGAAUAUCUGGUUUCAGUGUUUCCGAUUUAUGAGAACGCUGUUGGAGAUGGACUCAGAGGCAUCACCUCGACGUUGCCUCUCUCUGCACCCCGUUCCCUCAGAGCUUCCGAAGUCAGUCACAACAGCAUAAAACUAAUCUGGGAACCAGCAGAUGGCGCUACUCAGUAUCUCAUUCUCUGCUCCUCAGCCCCAAAUGGUGCAGAAGAUGACACCAAAGAGGUGAAAGUAGAGCAGCCUGAAGUGCUGCUCGGAGGUUUGUCUCCCAGCACCGAGUACUCGCUAGCGGUGUAUGCGAUGCACGGAGAAGAUGCCAGCGAUCCAGCCAGUGUUCAGGAAACCACCUUGGCCUUGAGUCCUCCCAAACAUCUGCAUUUCUCCAACAUCAGCCACGCCUCAGUGAGGGUCAACUGGGAGGCUGCUUUCCAUGCUGUGAAAAUGCACCGUGUGACAUACAUCUCAAACAGGGGAAGCAACACCGGAGAGGUGGAAGUGCUCGGCAACGUCUCGUUUGCUGUGCUGAAGCCUCUGUCCUCACUGACACAGUAUUUCGUCAGUGUGAUUUCUGUUUAUGACGAAGGCGACUCCUUUCCAGUAACAGGCAAUGUUACAACAUUAAAGGUGCCACCGCCGAGCCACCUGAAGGUCACCGAGCUCUCAGGGAGUGAGGUCCGGCUGGAAUGGGAAGCGUUGGCUGCCCCCGAUGUAGUCGUCUACCAAAUCAAAUGGAACGUUCUUGGGGAAGAAAGAGCACAGGAGCUGUCUGUUGCUGGAAACCUGGCCUCUUCUAUUUUGUCUGGGCUGAAAAAGAACACCGAAUACCAGAUCUCAAUUUGGGCAUACUUCAAAGAUGGGGCUCGGAGUGACACUGUCUCCAUACGGCACAGAAUGACUGCCAAGAACGCACCCACAAAUUUCUUUGUCGACUCCGAAACCCCCAGCAGCCUUCAGGUCCGCUGGAAUCCACCCGAGGGAGCCGUCCAGCACUACAGACUCACCUACGCGCCAGAAAGUGGCAACAAGCACCAAGAAAUGAUCACUGUUUCUGGCAGAAGCAGAUCCGUCAUCCUUCACGCGCUCCUACCAAAUAGGUUAUACACUGUGACGAUUUCUGCAGUCUAUGUUACGGGAGAAAGUGACCCCAUAUCUGCUACUGGACGUACAGCUUCUGUCUUGGCCAGACUGCCUGUGACAAGAGAAUUGGUCCCCUUCAAGAGUGAGGAUUGUCCUGUGCUUGACUCCAUGGAAGGCUCCCUGCAAGGUUUUGACAUGAUGGAGGCCUUUGGACUGACAGAAAAGGAAUAUGCCUCCAUCCGAGGGGUGGCUGUGGAGCCCUACAUCUUCCUGGGGACUCACACGUAUACCCUCUUCAGGGAUAUCCAGCUAACCCGGAAAACAGGUGAAGUCUUUGUCUCUGGAAUUCCAGCUGAAUUCACAAUCACCUUCCUUCUCCGCCUUCUGCCAGAAAGUCCCCGGGAAGCCUUUGCUGUAUUGCAGAUAACAGAUGAGGACUUCCAGCCUCUUCUUGGCAUCAUACUUGAUCCCAAUAAGAAAUCCUUGAUAUAUUUCCAUCGUGACCAUGAGACUGAUAUAGAGGAAGUCAUCUUUGACCAGCAGGAAGUGAAGAGGAUCUUCUAUGGGAGCUUUCACAAGGUGCACAUAUCAGUGAGCCGGUCCAGGGUCAGUCUCUAUAUUGACUGCAGGAGAACAUCAGAGAAGCCACUUGGAACCUCCGAGGACAUUUCAAUGGCAGGCUUUGUCAUGCUGGGAAAACUGACGAGGACACGGGGCCCCCGGAGUGGGUCAGCAAUGUUUCAGCUGCAGUCUUUGCAGAUCGUGUGCAGCAGUUUGUGGGCCGAAGAGGACCGAUGUUGUGACGUCCCAGCACUGAGAGACGAAGAGGCCUGUCCCAGCCUGCUUCCGUCCUGCAGCUGCACUUCAGGGGUCCUAGGCCUGCCAGGACCUCCAGGCGCUCCGGGCAGUCCUGGAAGGAGAGGACCUCCAGGAGAACAGGGUGAGCCAGGCCCUAAGGGUGAGCCGGGUCCACCUGGGCAAGUUGGACCUGAAGGUCCAGGGGGACAGCAAGGGACACCAGGUUCCCAGGGACUGGCUGUGCAGGGCCCCAUUGGACCCCCAGGCAUCAAAGGAGACAAAGGCGACAAUGGCAGCCCAGGGUUGCAGGGCAUGAUGGGUCCCCGGGGAGCUCCAGGGAAAGAUGGAAUUCAAGGAUCAAAGGGAGUCCGAGGACUCGAAGGCACAGCUGGGCCUCCAGGACCCCCAGGGCCGAGGGGUUUCCAAGGCAUAGCAGGUGCCCGAGGAAGCGCUGGGGAGAAGGGUCCCCCCGGAGAGGUUGGACCGACUGGGCUGCCUGGUCCAAAAGGAGAGAGAGGAGAGAAAGGUGAGGCACAGUCCUUAACUACAAUCUAUCACCUAGUCCAUCAGGCCUGUGAGCGCCUGAUUCAGUCUCAUGUGCUGAAGUUUGACUCCUUCAUCCAUGAGCAUUCCCGGAAGCCUGUUCCCAUCUGGGAGGACAAGGUGAAGGUUGGCGAGCCUGGGCCUCCAGGUCUACCUGGGCCCCCUGGCAUGAAAGGAGAAAGAGGAGAAGUUGGAAUGCCCGGUCAACCAGGCCGAGAUGGAUAUCCAGGAGAACGAGGUGCUCCUGGACCCAAGGGGGAGAAAGGUUUUCCAGGACCAAAUCAGGAAGGCUCUCAAGGACCUAAAGGACGAACAGGUCCAGCAGGGGAAGAGGUAAUUGGCAAGCAAGGCUCAAAGGGGGCUCCUGGAAGCACGGGCCCCCCUGGGGUUCCUGGGGCUAGAGGCCAUUCUGGAGACCCUGGUCCUGCAGGUGGCUGCAUCCUUUCAGGAUGCUAUGAAGAAAGUACCAGAGAUGCAGGGCUGAUCCCCUAAUGAUGGAUGUCCAGGUUGCUGCAGACCCCGACCCAACAUCCUGACUAUAAACUCCUAUAUACACAAAGACCUGCUGUGACAAGAAGUUGCAUC